CGACACCCCAGACAUUAUCCAUGCGAUACAGCUGUUGACGGCAACCAAGGCUUCGAGGAGAAAUCCUGCAACAAGUCCUUCUCCUGCUACCGCACAACGCAAUACAACGCCAAGAAAACAGGAUCUGGAUGUCGACCCGAACGAGCUCGUGGAUCGUGGCCACCGCAGCCCGGAGGGGCGUCGCGGUGGGCUGGUGCGGCUUUGAUCGCGGAGGCGUCCGAGCGGCGGCGUGCACCGGCGUUUGCCUCCGGAGCAAGUCAACGCGUGCCCGGUCCCCCAGGACCAACGGGGAAACGCAUCUGGUGGGUGCCCUGAACGGGAUCGCGCGGAGGAAGAGAAUCGCGGGCGGAGGGGAAGCCCCUUCGAGAGCCAAACCCCAGCAACCCCGAAAGGGUCUCGGUCCCGAGACCGUGACGAAACCGAUUGCCGUGGGUUCUCCGGCAGAGGCGACGACAGUGCUUGCGAUGGAACCGGAGAUCCAGCAUUCCUCCGACGUGAACGAGUUUGUGUCCCCUUCCGAGUUGUUCUUUGCCGGAGACACACCGAUUCCUGUAACGAGUCGCCUUCACAUUGUCACCCCAAAAGAAGACACUCCAAGAGGGACCUGGCCCAUCUUUCGAAUCAUGGUAAGUUGGUAUGCAUUGAGUAGUGAUAAUCAUCGAUGCUGUUCUGUGACGCUGCAAUGCUUUGGAUCUCACAGCAUACGCUCCGUCUCAUCCCUUUUUUCUUGUUGUUCACGAAGGACGAGGAUGGAUCAUUUCGCGACGGUGGCAACGAUGGCUAUAUGCAUGAUGGUGAUGCAGAUAAUCUGGUUCUCGGAACCUCUUCGCCGGCGAACAAAGCGAACGGCAGCAACGUCAUGGAACCAAGCGCAUCGAAGAAUCAUGCUCCAGGCCUCUCUAAACUUCGGGAUUCCCUCUCCAAGCUAUAUCCAAAUCACUCCUUGGCAAUCGAACAGAAUGGCCUGUUUCAACCAUCCAAGUUUGAAUACGCCGACACGAAUUCUAGAGACACGCUACAGCGGCUCCUUCGCCACAUGGUGCGGCUGCGAGAGAUGGAUUCGAUCUUCCAAAACGCGCAACGGCAGGGCCGAAUCUCGUUUUACCUCACGUGCCGUGGGGAGGAGGGGAUUCAUUUCGGUACGGCCUCUGCACUGGAGCCCCAGGAUAUCAUUCUGGGCCAAUACAGAGAACAAGGUCCUCUGAUGUGGAGGGGUUUCACCGUGCAGCAAUUUGCCGACCAGUGUUUUGGAAAUGCCUCCGAUUUGGGAAAGGGAAGACAGAUGCCCAUUCACUACGGAUCGAGGGCUCUAAACUAUCAAACGAUUAGCAGCUGCCUGGGAACCCAGAUUCCCCAAGCCGUUGGAGUUGCCCUCCGGCUCAAAAUGAUGGCGGCAGCGGACAGCGAGGCCAAGAAGGCCGUGUCGCUUGCCUUUUUCGGAGACGGGUGCACAUCGACGACCGACUUUCACUCGGGCUUGAACUUUGCUGCCACCCUGGAGUGCCCGGUGAUUUUCUUUUGCAGAAACAACGGCUACGCCAUUUCCACGUCGACAAGGGAGCAGUUCGCGGGCGAUGGCAUUGUUUCGAGAGCCCCCGGCUAUGGCAUGGCCGGCAUUCGAGUGGACGGAAACGACGUCUUUGCCGUUCACGCGGCUGUUCGUGAAGCCCGCACGUAUGCCCUGGAGAACAAUGCCCCCGUAUUGAUCGAGGCCAUGUCCUACCGACAGGGCCAUCACAGGUAAGCGAGUGGGAUAUCGAGAACCACAAGGCCGCGUAUGUCUCUAAGACUCUGUUCGUUUUUGAGAUUCUAUCAACCUAACAAUCGUUUUUGCUAUCUUCAAACUAUCGAUAACAAAGCACGAGUGAUGAUUCCCUCCAGUAUCGAAGCGCCGAGGAGGUCGAUCACUUUGCAUGCCAAAGUGAUCCGUUUGACCGUCUAAGGAAGUUUUUCGAGCGCCACGAGCACUGUGGCGUGACGGACGACGCGAUCCAAUCCGUAAUCGAGGAGGAAAAGAGAGCCGUGUUGGACGCCCUGCGCACAGCAGAACGCAAACCAAAGCCUCCGCUGGAAGACCUCUUCAACGACGUGUACCACGAAAUGCCGCCCUCCCUCAAGGCUCAGCAAGCAAAACUGAACGAACACGUCUCAAAGUACCCCGAUGCCUACGCAUUUUGAAAGACACGGAAGAAUUUUUUGAAACUACAAGACAGGGCAGUAAUGUGCAAGACUCAAUCAAACGCAAAACAAGGAAAUUAUCGUCUUGAAAACAAGAAUACACCAUGAAGAGAGGAAGCCAUAACUAUAAGUUCUGUCCGCAUCCCGAAGCAGCAUUGAUUUGACUAAAAUAGAUUUCAAAUACAUCGCACACACAAUUAUUGUAUACAAUUCUCCCUCCUCCGGCUGCCAGCAGUGCCUUGUGAGAGUUCAGGCGUUGAUUUGCUCUCUAUUAGUAGCAUCUCAAAGUCGUAUGUAGUACUACUUCUUCCUGCUGCGUUCCAUUCUUUUUACGUCACCAAGAGAAGUACUAGCAGCACUGAUUAUGAUGUAGCAAGGACGGCGAGCGCUCCUCGGAGGAAGAUUCAGGAAAAGGAUAAAAGAGAGAAGCUUGA